UUGUCAAAGUCGUAUGAGAUCAUUGGACUUGGGUGACAAAAAGAAAUAAGAAAUUGUGGUUUGAAUGAAUUUAUUAUUAAAAUAAGUAUGUAUGAAAAAUUGUCCAAGCUAAGUGUUUAGAUAUAAUAUAAGAUUUUUAUAAACAUUAUGGUGAUUGUGUAAUAUACUAUUUAAGUGGUAAUGCUGUGAGUAAACAAUGAACCCUCAAAAUCAGAGUUUUGAUGACGCCUAUUUGCAAAAUAAAAUAGAUAAUUUAUCUCUUAAUGAUCCCAAAUACGGUAAAAUUAACAAUAUUUCUAAACCAGAAUCAUCGUCGACAGCGUAUCAGCAAAAACAACAUUUAAAUGACUAUUCUUUAUAUGCUAGACAAAAUGUAAUUGCAAGUUCAAAGUUUGCUACUCCAAAGUCUUUGGAGAUUAUUGCAAACGAGAAUAAGAACAUAGAAGAGAAUAAUGUCUAUGUACAAGUUGCGAAACCUCAAGUUCCUCCCAAUUUUACGCAGACUUCAGGAAAUUUUCCUCAACAUCCUGAAGAUUCAUUGCCAGGAAACUCUGGGCCAGUAUAUGAAAAUAUAGAUUAUUAUCCCAACAGUUCGAGUCAUCAAUCUACAUAUUAUAAUAAGAAAGCUCAGCCUCAAGUACCUAUGGGUAUUAAAAAUAGUGAUAAUGAUAUUAGUCUACCCUUGUAUGAAAAUGUUCAGAGAUACCAGAAAACUUCUGGUGCAGAACCUGGUCCACAGGUUCCCUCAAAUUAUCAAUAUGAAGAAAAUGUUUUACCGGAAAAUCAACAUUUAAUUUAUUCAGAAACAAGUCAGUCAUAUGGAGGAAUUAAAAAAUUUACCCCACAAAUGAUUGAGGAAAUAAAUGGCAGUGAUUAUGUUUGUAUGACAGGAAAUGUAUCCCAUACUUUAAGUACAAACCCACAAUUUCAAACAUCAACAGCAAAGAAUUAUGAUAGGUCGCCAGCCACUGGAAUAGCUCAAACACCGACGAAGAUUAUUUCACCAAGCAAAGGGGUUAAAAACCUUCCACUUCCGGAGACAAUGCCAAAAAGACCAUCUCCAGUUCCUAGUCCUACCCCAAGUUUAUCUAGUAUCACUAGUGGGGGAAAAUUGAAAAUUAGUGGUAAAAACUUGCUUCCUUAUAGUGUCACUCCACCAAAACCUCGAGGACCCACUGAAGCCCAGAAAAAAAUAGAAGAAAUGACCAGACAAAUUGAGGAAGAAAUGGAGAGACAUGAAGAAGAAGGAGAAUAUUUUGGAAUUUGUCACACUUGCGGAGAGAAAGUAACUGGUGCAGGUCAAGCUUGCCAGGCAAUGGGUAAUCUUUACCAUACAAAUUGUUUUAUUUGCUGCUCCUGUGGAAGGGCUCUACGAGGAAAAGCUUUUUAUAAUGUUCAUGGACGGGUCUAUUGUGAAGAAGAUUACCUAGUAAGCCCAAAUGACAAUGAAUAUUCAGGAUUUCAACAAACCGCAGAAAAAUGUGCAAUUUGUGGUCAUUUAAUUAUGGAAAUGAUUUUACAAGCCAUGGGUAAAUCAUAUCAUCCUGGAUGUUUUCGAUGUUGUAUAUGUAAUGAAUGCCUAGAUGGUGUACCUUUUACAGUUGACGUUGAUAAUAAAAUUUAUUGUGUUAAUGACUAUCAUAGAAUGUUUGCUCCGAAAUGCUCCUCAUGUGGAAAAGGGAUUACUCCAGUAGAAGGUACCGAAGAGACUGUUAGAGUAGUGUCAAUGGAUAAAGACUUCCAUGUUGAUUGUUAUGUGUGUGAAGAAUGUGGGAUGCAACUAACGGAUGAACCUGAUAAGCGAUGCUAUCCCCUUGAAGGCCGAUUAUUAUGCCGAACCUGUCACAUUCAAAGACUACAACAUACACCUCGUCAUAUGCACCCAGUAGCUGCUACUUAUCAGUAUGGUGCAUAAAUUAUCAUAACAGUUUAGAGCCAAGCAAUUUAUUUUUAUAUGUUUUUAUUCUGUUGCCUUUAUUUUUUUCAUUAGUACUUAAUUCUAUGUACAGUAAGCUUGAGGUAAUACUAUACUAGAAAAUUUAGUUAAUAGGAAUUCAUUGAAUAGCCAGUUAUUACAUAUUGUCCAUAAGUUAAGUAUUUUCUAAUAGCUAUAGAGAUUACGUACCUGAGACCUAAUUCUAAUUUACUGCAUCGUGAAAAUCCGAUUUUGUUGGACGUCGAAAUUGUAUUUUUCUAUUCCAAUAUACAGGGGCAUCUAUAGUUUCAAUAUGAUUAUAGAACAAAAAUCUUAGGAAUUUAGUUUAAAUGUUGAACUAUACUGUGCACUAGGACGUCUUUCAGGAAAAUAUGUUCAUUUGUACAGGGAGUCAUAAACAGAUGAGUGGACAAUUUUUUUAAACGCUAUACCUUGUAUAUUAUUGCAUUUUGGCGUUCAUUCUUGGAUAUUAUAUUAAAUUUGUUUUCAAAGUGUGUUUAAUUUGAAAAAAAAAACAAGAAAAAAUACUUUAAUAAUUUUAUUAUUAUUUAUAACUUAAAUUCAAUAAAUUAUUCAAUUAAAACAAUAACAACUGUAUUUUAACAAUUAUAACAUUAAAUUUUGAAAAUCCCUGUACAAUUUACAAUUACAAUAUUUAAAAGAGAGUAAGUACAGACCAGCUGUAGUAAAAAUCUAGUAUUAAUUUCGAAAUAUUUCUUGUAUUUUAUUUUUGUUUAAAUCUUGUUAUGUAAAGAAUCAGGAAGGAUUAUGUAAAGUGAUCACGAAGAAGUAAGGAACCCAAAAAUACAAUAAUAUAACGGGUGUUUCGUUAAAAAAUCACUCUUGCCCACUCAUGUUGUAAUGAAACAUCUUAUACAAGUGAAACUGUUUUCCAGAGUUAAGAACUAAUAACUAAUAAACCCAGUAUAGGUGUGCGUUUAUACAAAAUCCCCAAAUUAUUUAUUAUAAUUUUUUUAAGUGCUAUUGUAGACUAACUUUUACCCGCUACUGGUAAUUAACACUAUCCAGAAAUUACAAUGAAAGCCGAUCAAUACAGCAGCUGAAGUUUUAUAUGGGACAUUCAAUUUUAGAAUCAAGACAUUCAAAUUAAUUUGGUAAACAGGAUAUUACGAAAAAAAGGUUGAAAGCAGAUCAAUUAAAACUAAUUUGUGCAACUUUCUCUUAUACCAGUAGCGACUAGACGUUUAAACUAUUGCAGGACCUGUAUUUAGAUUGUAAGUGGAUACAACCUGAACGACGUCUGCGAUAGCUUUGAAAUGAAGAUCGCUGGCAUUUUAUAUGGGAAAUCUCAUCGAUCUUCAUUUCCAAGCCAACUGGACGCCUUUGUUUUCGAUCAUACGGUAUUAUGAGAAUCAGGCCUCGGAAUAAUAAUCAAUUAUACUUUGAGCAAUAUUUUCCUUUUAAUAUAAAAAUAUAGUGAGUAUAAGAAUCAAUGACAUUUCCUCAACAAAUAUAGAUGUUUUAAA